GAGAUACUGAGCCAUGUUUCAAAUAGCUAUUUCCACAUUGUUGCUCUUCCUUGCCGUGGGCUACAGCACAGACAAUCUGGAUGUAUUCGAUACAGAAAUAGACGACAUAUUCAGCAGCGUCAUCGGUCCAGUUUUCAAACAGAAAACCCCACACCCGAUCUCCAAUAAAACCCUUACUGAUGGACGUCUAGUGCUCAAAUUUCGCACCCUAAACGCGCCUUUACUCAAAUCGCUUGACGAUGAAACACCAAAGAACCCCAUGCUCAAUCUUCAGGGGAAAAGUUACGCUCAAACGCCCAAACGCACCCGAAAUUACGCUCAAACCUCCGUGCGCACAAGAAAUUAUGCUCAAGCGCAGAAAAUCUCCACACCUCAAGCACCCAUGCCUCCUUCAAAAAGUCAAGUCCUAAAAAAAGAGGACACAGAAAACAUCUACAAAGAACUUUACAAAAACCCCGAGAAUAAAUUAGAGUUAGAGCAAAUGCUCGAACAGCCAAUAUCGUCCAAGCCGGACUUUAAACAAGAUGUGUUUAACGAAACUACAACACGAUUCAACCAACUUUAUGCUGUAUUUCAAAAAUGGGCGGAUGAAACUACGAGUAUGAAUAUAUCUCGCCGACAAGGUAACGUGAAGCGCUCGACGACUAUAUAUCCUUAUAGACGAGACCCACACAAACAGGGAGUAAUUAAGAUUAAUGACAGAAAAUUUCAGGCGUUGGCAGCGUAUUACAAUUUACCAAGUCAUGUGCCCGAGGAAUUAGAAAAGCUAGCCUCUGACUUAUAUUACAGCGAUCGCAGAGCCUUAGAAAGAACUCUAAUACUCAUGGCACAAUUCAUCUAUGGUGCUCAGUAUAAGUUCAUAUACGCUCAGAAGCUCAAGGAAAGAUACGAAAAGGUGACUAAAUACCAAAUAGGAUACUCUAUUGCUGUUUUAGAGAAUUUAAAACAACAGUUUAACAAUGGGUACAGGGCGAUGUACCAGUUUCGUAAGUCUAAAGUUGGAUAUACAUAUGAAGAUGAAGUGAUGUAUUUGAUAAAGGUAUAUGAAAAAAUGUUAAGGAUUCGAGUGGAGUUUAAUGAGGUAGUUAAUUAUAUAAGGGUGCUUGAGUUCGAACGUAUACGGAGAGAGACUUUGAGAGUGGAAGCGGAGGGUCAAAAAGAUAUGGUCGCACCAAUUAACCCGGCAUCAUAG